AUGGCCGCAUCGCUCAUGCACCGAUGGCUGCGCCAGAACAUACAGCCCUAUGCUCACCAGGACGUCGUCUUCCCAGACGUCGCCGCCGCGCUCGCCCGCUAUCCCACUCUCCGUCCGAAAACAGACGUCUACACAUACGAUGACGGGCGCACGCAGCUUCUGCUCUGUCUCCACGGCCUUGUCCCGAUUUCCUUUCGUGGGGCGGCAUACAACAUCCCGGUGGCAGUCUGGCUGACGAGAGAGCAUCCUCGCGAGCCGCCCAUCGCAUACGUCGUGCCCACCGCAGACAUGCUCGUUCGCCCCGGAUCUGACGUGGACGUGAGCGGCAAGUGUCACAUACAGUACCUCUCCAAUUGGGAGCACAAACCCGAAGGCUGCAACCUAACCGCGUUGUUCGAAGCCAUGCGGGACGCCUUCUCGCACCUUCCUCCCGUCUACGCUAAACCAAAACCCGUCGCUGCGCCCCAGCCCACCCGCGCAGCCACCACCGGACCCGACUACUCCGACAGACCCCCGCCCCCGCUGCCACCUGCCACGCCGUCCCAAUCCGUUCCUCCCGCACCGGCCCCCGAGCACAACGAUGGGCGCCCUCCUCUCCCUGCCAAACCCGGAGCACCCGCUGUCAGCGCCACCGCGGCUCCGCACGCCAGAACACAAGGCGUCCCCCGAUCUCCCACUCUCCUCGCCACGCCCGCUCUCGCCCUGCGUCCGCCGCCGCCUCUGCCCCCACACACUCCACCGGCAGAACCCCCGCUGCUACGCCACCCAAGUUCGCCGGUCCCACCCACGUACACGCCGCGCGCUCAGUCCGACGUGCCGCGUCCUCAGGCUCCUCCCCAGCUCCCUUCUGCUGCAUCUCCACGGCCCACUCCUCCACUGCAUCAGCCCGCACGCGCCGUCGCUUCUUCCUCUCCGCCCCCGCUGCCCCCUCUGCCAAAUGUCGCGUCCCCCGUGGGUCUCCCGCAGCACAUGUACCCCACGUUCCCGACGCUGCACUCACCCGCGCCCUCCUUGCCCCCGCCCUUCCUCUCCCCGCAGUCCACCGACCGUGCUGCACCACCGAUCCCUUCAAUGCCGCUUCAACACACCUCGCCGCCCGCGCCAUCGAUUCCCCCACCGGACCUGCUCGACGCCGACGACACCACCAGCGGCCCGCCCCUGCCCUCAUCCACGUCCCCCCCACCGCCCGGGCCCGCGCCGCCUCGCCCUCCAAACCCAGAGCUGCUCCGGCUGCACGCCUCCGUGCACGCGCGGUUCACGUCCGAGCUCCACGCGCUCACCCACGCGCUCUCGCGCGACGCGGAGCGCCUGCGCGCACAGCAGGCGGACCUCCUCGCGGGCGAGCCCGCGCUGCGCGACGAGAUGGGCCGCCUGCGCGCGGUGCGCGACGUGUGUGAGGGGGUGGCGGCGCGCCUGCGCGGCGCCGUGGAGCGCGGCGAGCGCAGCGUCGCCGAGCUCCGGAGGAAGGGCGACCCCGAGGUGGACGAGCUCGUGUGCUCGACGACGAUCGUGUACAAUCAACUCAUCAACCUCGUCGCGGAAGAUAACGCGAUAGAGGACACGAUCUACCACCUGCACCGCGCGCUCAACACCGGACGAAUAGACCUCGAGCGUUUUCUAAGGACGACGCGCGUGCUUGCGGAAGAGCAGUUCAUGAAGCGCGCGCUGAUAGAGAAGAUCGAGGCCGGGUUGCCGCGCGACACCGCCGCCGCGGCGCCGUGGGGCGUCGUCCCAGACUUUGCGAGCUGGAGCUGA